GAAAUUACUUGGCUUUUUAUCAUUUUCUUCACAAUAGCUCAAUUCUUCUUCAACUUUGGUCCCAAUGCAACUACAUUUGUUGUACCCGGUGAAGUAUUUCCAACCCGUUACCGUUCAACCGGGCAUGGAAUUAGUGCCGCCGCUGGAAAAUUGGGUGCCAUCAUUUCACAAGUCGGAUUCUUCAAAUUAAAAGAUAUUGGAGGCGAACCUGGCAAAAAUGCAUUCAUAAAUCAUUUAUUCCAAAUCUUUGCCGUUUUUAUGUUAUCCGGUUUAAUAGUCACUUACUUCUGUGUACCAGAAACAAAGGGUAAAACAUUAGAAGAAUUGUCAAAUGAAGACCAAACCGGUUUCAUUAAAGGUGUAAACAAACCUAAAAUUGUAGAAGCCAAUGCUUCUUAA